UUAGAAUCAGACGGCUUACAGUGCUGAAGUGUUGCGUUGAAGAGGAGGGUUUUUCACACACUGGAUGUGAGUUUUUUUCCUCUAUGUUCUGAAGUUCUGAAGCCCGCUAAAUCCCACAGCGAAUGGGUUCCGUAGUUCGCGCAUUGAAGUUUUUCGUUUCUUAACUUGACGAUAGGCUCUGAUGUAUGUGUACGAUCGGUGUGUAAAGUGCUGAGGAGCAGUGUUGCGCCCCGCGAGGUGCAGAAGCGAGUGCAAAGAAGAAAUAGAAAGAUCGUACCUACCUGUUCUUGCCCAUUGAUCCCCUCUGUGCACUGUCAAGACCUGCCGCAGCGGCCUGCGGGUUUCAACCUUUCCAAGGUGUGCGUGAGGGGUGGUUAGCCGUAUGCUAAGGCAUUUGCUGCUGUUGCUUCUACUUCUUCUUGUUCGAUUCAUUCGAUUUCCGUCGACAGUACACAUGUAAUUAUUUAUCUUCCCGAAAGACAGAUCGCUUACAUGGUGGAUUCUCUAAGUGAAUGGAAAACGGAUUGCUUCGGAGAAAAGCUUUUAUUGAUUGAGUGCAUAAUUCGGGUUGGCCUUCAAGCGACCGAGACAUCACAUCAUGUUCAACAAUAUGGCCCUCGCAAGGCGUGGAAGAUCUACAGGGUUAAAAUAUAACCAAUUAAUCAAACUUUGAACGAGUACAAACACAAGAGGAGUGAUCAGACUACUCGAAACUGAAACUCAGAAGAUCAACAAGUGGCUGCCCUGCUGUGAUACAAGUGUCCCGUACGCGGUCGACUGUAAGGGGCUGAAAACAUAAAACGUGAAAACACAGAUCUCGUGCGCUUCGCAGACUUUGAAGCACUGAUUUGAAUGGAGUGUGAAGCGAAAACCUGAUUUUCAUUCAUAAACCGAGAAGAAUGGCGAGAUAGCCCCAGAAACAUCCACUCGGUCCAGCGGUGAGACCUCUCUUGACACCCAUCAACGGACGCAAACCAAACAAACCGUCCGAUCCAUUGAAACAUCACUCGGGCACUUUUCUAUUAUACAAUGUGUUUAGAGUUGACGACUAAUUAGUAAUUCAAUUGUGGAAUUGUUAUUUUUUUUCUCGCUGAAUCUGGGAUAGCUUAAAUUAAAACCGGUCUAAACGAAGGGAAAAUGUGAAAAUUCGCAUGAAGAAAUGUAGCAAAUCCCGCGUCGAUUCGGGGUUAAUUAAUUCGUGAACAAAACUUCUCGAGGAAAUCUCAGAGAACCAAAAACCAAGAAGAAACCAACGAACCGGACUGGGCCUGGUGCGUGGAAGCGUAAAAUGGAAAACGAUAUUGUAGUGUGUUCGUGUUCUUAAAUUUUUUUUUGAUAGUUUUUAAUUGUAUCCCAUUAGAGGCGGAACGCCAAGGGAGUUCAGGAAAAUUUCAACGACCCAAAGCGUGUAGUUAGUUGUUGACGAAGACGAAAACGACGGCGGAAGACGAGAAUAAUAAUUUAAUCGAGAAUUGCGCAAAGGCGCCUCCGAAGCGGUAACAUCCGAAGUUGGAGCAGCGAAGACGCCGCUAGUGGUGAAGUUUUAUUGCACUGUGACCCCCAAGAAUCGACCCAAGAAAACUGGGUGAUUUAGUUUUGUGUGUUUGUGAUCGUGGUAACUUCGAAGGAAUUUGCGACAAAAAAAGGCGAAAUCAUGGGAGACAAAACAAUGGAGCAGUGGAAGUGGAAAAUAUUUCUGAUGCUGCUUAUUCAGCAGAUCGGAUCCGGAAGCUGCUAUCUGAAGGACUACAUCCACAAGCAGGAGGAUAACGAAAUGAGAGUCUGCAUCGGAACCAACGGUCGCAUGUCGGUGCCAUCAAACCGCGAGUACCACUACAAAAAUCUGCGCGAUCGGUACACCAACUGUACGUACGUGGACGGCAACCUGGAGAUCACCUGGAUCCAGAACACAUCGUACGAUUUGAGCUUCCUGCAACACAUCCGGGAAGUGACCGGAUACGUAUUGAUCAGUCACGUAGACAUCCCACAGGUUAUCCUGCCGCGGUUACAAAUCAUUCGAGGCCGUACUACGUUCAAGCUGAACAAAUGGGAGGACGAGUUCGGUUUGUUCGUCUCCUUCUCGCAGAUGAAUACCCUGGAGAUGCCGGCUCUGAGAGACAUUCUGAGCGGUUCGGCUGGCAUUUUCAACAACUAUAACCUAUGUCACGUUAAGACAAUCAACUGGGAUGAAGUUCUGUCCGAUUCGAAAGCCCAUUAUCGGUACACGUACAACUUCACCUCACCCGAGCGAGAUUGUCCGAAGUGUCACACCAGCUGCGAGGCCGGUUGUUGGGGAGAGGGUAUCCACAACUGUCAAAAGUUCAGCAAACUGAACUGCUCUCCUCAGUGCUCGCAAGGUCGUUGCUUCGGUUCGAAGCCCCGAGAGUGUUGUCACCUGUUUUGUGCUGGUGGCUGCACUGGUCCUACUCAGAAAGACUGUUUAGCCUGUAAGAACUUCUACGACGAUGGCGUGUGCAAGCAGGAGUGCCCGCCCAUGCAACGUUACAACCCUACAAACUACCUCUGGGAGCCAAAUCCCGAGGGCAAAUACGCCUACGGAGCAACCUGCGUACGGAACUGCCCGGAACAUCUGCUCAAGGAUAACGGAGCCUGUGUGCGAACGUGCCCAUCGAACAAAAUGGCACAGAACGGAGAGUGCGUCCCGUGCAACGGAGCCUGUCCCAAGACGUGCCAGGGUGAGGGAAUCGUACACUCGGGAAACAUCGACAAGUACAAAGACUGCACGAUCAUCGAAGGAUCGUUGGAAAUUCUGGAUCAAACUUUCGACGGUUACCAGCAGGUGUUUAGCAAUUUUUCGUUCGGGCCGCGGUACAUCAAAAUUCACCCGGAUCGGUUGGAGGUUUUCUCUACGCUCAAGGAAAUUAGUGGUUUCAUCAACAUCCAGGGUUACCAUACGGACUUCAAGAAUCUGUCAUACUUCAGGAAUCUGGAGGUAGUGGGUGGCCGUCAGCUCAAAGAGAAUCUGUUUGCCUCCGUGUAUAUUGUGAAGACAUCCCUUCAAUCUCUGGAGCUGAAAUCGUUGAAACGAGUGAAUUCGGGUGCCAUUGUUAUCUUGGAGAACGAUCACCUGUGCUACGCGCAGGAGAUUGAUUGGUCCAAAAUUAAGAAGUCUGCCGAUCACGAAAGCGUUAUUCAAUCCAAUCGGGAUCCCAAGACUUGCCAUGAUGAGAAAAUGUUUUGCGAUGAGCAAUGCACGAAAGCAGGUUGUUGGGGUAAGGGACCGGAACAGUGUCUCGAAUGCAAAAACUACGUCUACAAGGGCAAGUGCCUGGACAGUUGUAAGAGCCUACCGAAAAUCUAUCAGGUAAACCCGAGAUCGUGUGGUGAUUGCCACCCGGAAUGCUCAGACUCGUGCAUCGGACCGAAUGCGGACAAUUGUGGAUCGUGCGUCAACGUUAAGGACGGCUCAUUUUGUGUAUCGGAGUGCCCCAUUACCAAGUACAACCUGAAUGGAACGUGCGUGUCUUGUCACCCGACUUGCAUCGGUUGCAACGGCCCCCUGGAUACAAUCGCUCCCAACGGGUGCGUUUCCUGCGACCGAGCCAUCAUGCGAAGCGACGGUUCUGUGGAACGUUGUCUGAUGAAAGAUGAAGCCUGUCCAGAUGGUUAUUAUAGCGAACGAGUCGAGCAGGACGAAGGGCCCCUAAAACAUCUCUCAGGAAAAUCCGUCUGCCGCAAAUGCCAUCCAAGGUGUAAGAAGUGCACCCAGUACGGAUUCCAUGAACAGGUCUGUCAAGAAUGUGCCAGCUAUAAACGCGGUGAGCAAUGUGAAGACGAGUGUCCCAUUGAUCAUUUUGUGAACGAAGAAACGCGUGAAUGUUUGCCGUGUCACUCUGAAUGUCGCGGAUGUCGAGGUUUUGGAGAGGAUCAAUGCUUGGAAUGUCGGAAUCUCAAACUGUAUGAGGGAGAUCCGCUCGAUAACUCAACGGUGUUCAACUGUACUGCGACCUGUCCAUCAAGUCACCCUUACAAGCACUUCCCCACGGAAACGAGCAAAAUUGGGCCCUAUUGCUCUGCUGAGGAGGUGCAGAGCGGGUUCCGGAUAGAGACUUCGAACACUCCUUUCAUGUUAUUUGUUAUACUAAUACCUGCUGCGGUAAUCAUUUGUUUAACUGGAUUGGCUUAUUUGUACUGCACACAAAAGAACAAGAAAGAUGCCAUAAAAAUGACAAUGGCAAUGGCCGGAUGUGACGAUUCUGAGCCCUUGAGACCAACUAAUGUCGGACCUAAUCUAACCAAAUUGAGGAUCAUCAAAGAAGCAGAGCUACGCAUGGGAGGUGUCUUGGGAAUGGGUGCCUUUGGUCGGGUAUUCAAAGGAGUUUACAUGCCGGAAGGAGAGAACACAAAAAUUCCAGUAGCAGUCAAGGUUUUGAUAGAAAUGUCGGGAGCCGAAUCGAGUAAGGAGUUCUUGGAAGAAGCGUACAUAAUGGCGUCAGUUGAGCAUCCAAACUUAUUGAAACUGCUGGCAGUUUGUAUGACUUCUCAAAUGAUGUUGAUAACGCAGUUGAUGCCUGCCGGAUGUCUGUUGGAUUAUGUUCGGAACAACAAAGAAAAGACUGGAUCCCUAGCACUGUUGAACUGGUCAACUCAAAUUGCUCGUGGUAUGGCUUAUCUGGAAGAGCGACGAUUGGUACAUCGUGAUCUGGCUGCACGCAACGUGUUGGUACAUCCUCCACAUCUCGUAAGAAUUACUGAUUUUGGAUUGGCAAAGCUUUUGGACUAUGGCUCCGAUGAAUACCGUGCAGCUGGCGGAAAGAUGCCGAUCAAGUGGCUGGCUUUGGAAUGUAUUCGUCAUCGUGUGUUCACCAGUAAGAGUGACGUCUGGGCCUUUGGAGUAACUAUCUGGGAAUUGAUGACUUACGGUGCUAGGCCUUAUGAGAAUGUUCCGGCGAAGGAUGUACCCGAUCUGAUCGAAAUGGGCGCAAAGCUUCCCCAACCGGACCAUAUUUCACUGGAUGUAUACAUGAUCUUGAUUUCUUGUUGGCACUUGAAUGCAGAUGCUCGCCCUACCUUCAAAGCAUUGGAGAAAAUGUUCGCUGAUAUGGCAAGAGAUCCAGGCCGAUAUCUGAGUAUUCCUGGUGAUAAAUUCAAGCGUCUUCCCAUGUAUACAAACCAGGACGAGAAAGAUUUGAUUCGUAACCUGGCACCAGCGGUUGAUUCUGCAAUAACCGGAUCAAAUAUAGAGGCUGAAGAAUAUUUACAACCUAAGACGCGACCGGCCCUUAUGCUGCCACCAUCGUCGAUGGAGAAAUCCGAUGAUUUUUCCAAAUCCAUGCGCUACAGUAAAGAUCAACUGAAAGAGAGCGAAAGUUCAGACCGGAAUGCCCGUGAAGUCGGCGUUAGUGGGAUGCGACUGAAUUUACCAUUGGACGAAGACGACUAUCUAAUGCCAACUUGCCAAAGUCAAGCACCGUCGGUCCCCGGUUACAUGGACUUGAUCGGAGUACCCGCCAGUGUUGACAAUCCAGAGUACCUGAUGGGAUCAGCCGGUAGCAACAUUAGUACGGGCCUUCCAACUCCACCGCCGGUAACGCCAUGCGGCAGCGGAAUUAGCACUAACACUCCCAAUAGUCCUGUAAAUAGUAUACCUCCUAACAUCUGCACUGUUAACGUUAGCACCAAUCCUAGCAGCAACAACAGCACCACUUCAAACAAUAACAACAACACUGUUGCCAAUCAUGCCAUCAAAAAGGAAGAAGCCAUUCCGAUGCCUCAUACGACGCUCAAUGAACCUCAGGUGGCGCCACCAACGCAAACCCUGGGCAUUCCUCUAUCGCCAACGGCGACGAUAGAAACGACUUCCGAGCAUGAGUACUACAACGAUCUGCAACGAGAACUGAUUCCACUUCAUCGGAAUGAAACCACGGUGUGAUCACUCGACAGUGUGACGAACCCAAUUGUACAGAACUGAGCUUCCAUUCUGAUUAAUUAUCAUAGACGAAAUAAUAGGAUAUUUGUUUGAAAAAUACAUCGAAUGAAGCAACUUUAUACAGCUAUCGAAUUAGCAUACAGAAAGUUCAAAGUGCGUAUCGUAAGUGCCUUCAAUAUAUGUAGUGUAAGGAAAUAGGGAAGCUUACUGAAGAUGAAAUCUACGGUGCCUGUAAUAACGAAGUAGUCCCGAAAAGACCACUUCUGUAUCAUAUUGUAACGAAUAUUUAAACGGUUCAUAGCUAGCAAUGGAUAGCUUAUAGGAAGUACUUAAGAAUGAUGUGGAGAAUUUUUAACAUGUUAGACAGUACAAUAUGAAAAAUACUUCCUUUUAGUUGAAGUAAACGGUCGUGCACUGUUCUAACAGAUAGAGUCACAAACGCGUCGAUAUUGAAUCGGAGGAUGCAAAAUUGGCUAAGGUUUUAUGUAUUUCAUUUUUUAAAAUCUGUGAUACUAUUCAUAAUCGACGAUCAUUUUUCUAGAAUCUAGAUUUUAUUUCACAGACUACGGUUUGAACAUAUACAUUAGGUAACAAGCAAUAGCAUGUAUGUAGUAAUUUAUAGAAAAUUAGAAGUUUUGAUUUCAUACAAAAAUAUUCACAAAAUCUCAUUCUUGUAAAUGAAUUGUCAAUCUACACUUUCAAAAAUCAAAACAACGAAAAAUUCUACAGUAAUGGAACUUGUACUUCUCAAUGCACCAUAAACCAGUAUCUCAUAAUACUUAACAAAGCUCUAGAAGAAAAAAAAUCAUUCUAAAUCUCUCCUCAAAGUAUUUUUGGCCGCGUACUAUGCUCUUUAUGAUUUAAUUGUACAUAUAUCUUACACUUAAGGAUAAUCAAAUGAGAAACGAUAUCGAACUGUAAAUAUUCCGGUGAAAACUGUCAUGCCCUACUUAAAUCUCAUACGACAUCGAGAGAAUAUCCAGCUGAGCAUCCAACCAACAAGUGGCAAUACCACAGUUUACGCAUGUCAAUACGUUCUAUUUUAUGCCAUCACUAAUAAUUACAUAUACGUAUUUUGACCACUAAGGUGAAAAAAAAUAAGAACGUGUGGUCGAAAACUACCCCACUGUUCAGAUCGAAAUAUUUAGCUGUGAAGUUACAAACAAGUGGUGAAAAUUUAACAAAUUUGCGUACGUCACGAUUUUGUGUAUGCAUGUAGGUUACAUCUUAUUUUUUAAAAAAGGAUUGCCGGUCACUUGUUGGUUUGGGCAAAAUGUUGGAACUUCCUGACUUGAAAAAGUAUAGGUGAUUAGGAAUAUCCAACAAUACGUUGGGGUAGAUUUAUGAAAACAAUAGAGAGGAUGUGUGAAUUCACUAAGAAAUUAGGAAAACGUGCCAUGUUUCGUACAUGAAAAUAAAUUUAUAGAUUGUAAUGUUGGGAUUUUCGCUUUUAUAUAAAAACGAAAAAAAAUAUUAAAAGAUAGAGUUGCAUUGUAUUGGAGUAAUGGACUCGAGAAAAUGGUUAUGUCUGGCUGAAUGAAUGUAAAAUAAAAAGAAGGCACUACUAGCUAAGGUACGAUUGGAUUGUGAGAUAAAUUGUUAAUGUUUUUAAGUUAUAUAUGUAUUUUGAACAUUUCAAAUAAAAUUGAAAAUAAUACAA